UGUGCGCUCCGACACGCCAGCACUACGUUCGAUUGCGCUCGCGUAAAAACGCAGCAGACGCGCGACACUGAGAAGCAGCAGCGGCCCCGAGAGAAAGGACAGUCGGACAAUAGGGAGGAGAGGUGGCUUGCAAACGAAGCCUCGCCUUCGCUAUGAAAACAUAGAGCAUAAGGGGAAACACUGUGCAGCAAGCUAACACGAGCGUUAAUGCAGUAGCGAGCUUCCGACGACCGGGAGUCAAAGCGGCGCGUGGCGUCGGUGGCGUGCAGUUCUCGUCGCACGUGGACGUGUUCCGCCAUCCGAUCCACUCCAAUGAAUGGUCGCUCGCGCUCGACAGCGCUCUCUGCCCCCUGGCCCGUCGAUGGUGACCGGCCUCGCCUCCUGAAGCCUACUCCGCGAGCCUUCUUCUGAACCUUCGCUGAUUUGACGUUCGCUCUGGCACAAGCCCGCCAGUAGACAAUUCGCCACGCUCGUCGUGCAGCGUGGCAUCGAUGAGCAAGCUGUCGCUGUGCAGCUCGCGCCCACUCGCCGAGCACGUGCUCUGAGUUGAGCUAGAUCACGCUAAGCCAAGCUAACCACGAGAUGACUUGUCCGUUCUCGCAACUGGCACGCCUCGGCAGCACCGACCAAGAUGACGGGACCAACUAUGACGCCACCGGGGCCAUAUCCAGCAGGCAGCCGCAGCACCACAACAAGGACGACAGUAAGCUCAAGCCGUGCCGGCAGGCCUCGGUACAGAUCACCUCCUCGCUGCUCGGCGAGGAGAUCGACGAGUCGGAAGACAACCAGACGCUAAAUCUCAAGCACCUCAAGGCAGCCGUUCUCAUGCUCACCAAUCCAUCGAAUGAAGUGAUAGCACUGGCCUUGGACUCUCUUUUAAGUAAAAUUGAAGUGCCGCCUGUAGUUGCAAAAUCUGUGCAAGAGUUACUAAUGAAUGCUGCGAUUGAAGAAAACUAUCAUCUCCAUGAAGAUAUUUACGAGUCAUUGAACUACAUUUGUGACUUCGACGCCGAUGACUUUAUGGACAAACUAGGCCAAGAGCUGAUCGCCACGGCAUCAGAGGGUCUGCUGGAGCGAGCGUUUCGCUGCCUCGGCAACGACCUUACGGCCUUCUUGACGACUCUCGACGGCGUGAACGACGUGGUGCAGCACGAAUCUGGCACGGAGACCGAGGCCGAAUUUGUCUGCAUCGCCACCCGCGGCGCCCUCGAGCUUCACUUCACCACCGAGCACGCCUCCAUUGCCUAUCUGCUCGUCGGCAGCCUCAAGGGCAUCGCCAGACAGUUUUAUAACGACCGAGCCGACGUCUACAUACUUCCCGAUCCUUACAACACCAAGUUCUUUAGGUACCGCAUCACGCCCGAGCACUUUAGCAGCGGAGUGAGCACGACGGCCAGGCGGCCGAGCGCCGAGGAGGAGGACGACAACAGCAACAGCAAGUCCAGCGCGGAGACACCCGAGGACAUCGGGGUGCCGGCGGAACCGCGACCUCGGCUCUCGCACGACGCCGCCGACCUGCGUAUGGGUGUGGCCAGCUUCUGCAAGGCCUUUCCCUGGCACCUGGUGGUCGACCGUCAGCUCGAGUUCGUUCAGCUGGGCGUCGGCUUUAUGCGCAUCUUCGGCCAACACCUCAACAAGCACGGCCGUGACAUCUCCACCUACUUCGUCUUUACCAGGCCCCGCGGCGUCACUCUCAGCUUCCACGAGAUUCUUAAGAGGUCCAACACGCCUUUUGUCCUCGCGCUCCAGAGACCACCAGGCACAGAGCAAUUCCAAGCGGAGGGCCUCGAGUUCAAAGGACAGAUGGUUCAUUGUCCGGAAUCCGACUCUAUUCUAUUCGUCAGCUCGCCUUUUCUAAACGGAUUAGAGGGACUCACCGGCCGAGGCCUCUUUAUCUCAGAUAUUCCACUCCAUGAUGCAACGAGAGACGUUAUUCUCGUCGGCGAGCAGGCGCGAGCUCAGGAUGGUUUGCGCCGACGCAUGGAUAAAUUGAAGAGCUCUAUUGAGGAGGCGAAUCGAGCUGUCGACACCGAAAGGGAGAAAAAUGUUAGCCUUCUCCAUCUUAUCUUUCCGCCGGAUAUAGCUAAGCGUCUCUGGCUUGGGGAAACCAUUGAAGCGAAAAAUUAUGCGGAUGUAACAAUGCUAUUCAGUGAUAUAGUCGGCUUUACAGCAAUCUGCUCCACAGCUACUCCAAUGAUGGUUAUAAACAUGCUUCAAAAUUUGUAUCAACAGUUCGAUCUGUAUUGCGGUCAACUCGAUGUUUAUAAGGUGGAAACAAUAGGAGACGCUUAUUGUGUGGCCUGUGGUUUACAUAAAAACACAAAUACCCAUGCUCAGCAAAUAGCAUGGAUGGCACUGAAAAUGAUACAAACUUGCACACAGCAUUUAACCCACGAUGGUAAACCUAUCAAGAUGAGAAUAGGUAUCCACACAGGCAUGGUACUUGCUGGUGUUGUUGGAAAAAAGAUGCCGAGGUACUGUCUUUUUGGCCAUAACGUAACUAUAGCAAAUAAAUUUGAAUCGUCCAGUGAACCGUUGCAUAUUAAUGUUAGCCCAACUACAUACAGUUUUUUAAUGCAAGGACCCGGAUUUGUUUUAAUAGAAAGGUCUAAAGAGGAUCUACCUAAAGAGAUGCCAAAAGAUGUAGAAGGAACAUGUUAUUUCUUAAGGGAUUAUAAAAACAGUAAUAUCGACGAAAAUGAACCUCUAGAUUCUCAUAUACAGGCAGCUCUUAAUGAACUUGGGAUCAAUGGCAGUAUGUAGAUAAAAUAAAAACGUACAAAGUAAUAUAUUCAUAUAGAAAUAUAUAUAUAUAUAUAUGUGUAUAUACACAUAUAUAUACAUGUAUGUAUACAUACAUAUAUACACGCACCUAAAUUAUGAAACACUAAGAAAAACUUGUACUCGAGGAAAAAUAUUCAAAAAUGCUAAAAGAAUUAUAUAUAAAAAACUACACCGUUAAGAUUUUUAAAAAGCUGGACAUGAGGAUUUCAUGUAGAUGAGCAUAAGCAUGAGCAUUCCAUGAGUUCAUAUUAAAAUUUACAUGCCAGUAGCUCGUAAUUGAGAAAACGUGAUUUCCUUACGUUAAGUUUUCUAAAAAUUAAACAAUACAUCUCCAUGUGGUCGACAUAAACAGUCGUUAAAUUAUACCAUGAUUAAUAAUGUAACAGCUCACGAUAAACAUGCUUGAUUAAUUAUUUUAUCGAAAACAAUGUCGAUAAAAGAUUACUGUUAUUAAAUCAGUUCCGUAAGUACUAAUACAAUUAAUCAGUACUGGAUUUGGUUUCUGAUAAAUUUAGUGAUCCAAAAUGUACCAAAAUGAAAGUAUUAAUAUUAAUUUACAAAACAAUUAAUAAUUAUGUAUUAUUAUAAUUUUGACACAAUAAAU